CAAAGCGUCUUCUUGGCAGGGACGCAUGCGCAAUACUUCGUGUUGGUUGCAACAUAACUGAGCUCGACAGCAAUCGUCAUCUGGAGAAACCCGACAUUUCUAACACUUUGGGGACAAACUGAGAAACUACACAUGAGAUGUUAAGGAUUACGCGACCACACACGGAGUGCAAAAGAGGAAGUUUGGGAAAUAGCACACUAAAUCAUACAAAAACUCGUUUUGGUCACGUGGUCAACCUUGACCAAUCGGAGCAAGCCGAACGCAGCGGAAACUAUGCUCUUUGUUCGGAUAUUUUGGCAACUUUAUUCCUAAAUCUGAUCUCGAUACUUUGUAUAAAGCACAGGGCGGACAUAUGAAGGUAACGUUUUCAUGAGAAAGGACUCGCUGUGGAUACGUUUUUAUUGCGGUUUUUUUGUGGGAUGCCACGUGUCGAAGUUUUGAGAAACCGUGUGCUCAGCCUUAUUUACCACAUGACUCCCCUCCCCCACCCUGCGCAGGGAAUGGGGAAGAAGGCGGACAUGUUUGAGGGAAAUGUGUUGGUUAAAAAGUAUCGAGGUGGAAGACAAGAAGAUUUAUUCAAGAAAAGCUUCGCAUUAUUUUUUUGGGAUUUACCAGUCGACAUUUAUAUUUAUUUUGAAUUCAAGGUUUUUAUGUCAUACUUUAAAAAAAGUAUAUAUUUUGUAUUUUUGGAUAAUUAACUUUCCCUUUGUUCAGUUCUGUUUUAAUAGCAUAACGUUUUUGAAAAAGUUAGUAGUAGCCUAAUAUUGCAGCGAAGUAGUAGUGUUUUACACAGUGUAUUUGAGUGACAUUGUGGGGUAUUUGUAACCUUGGUGUGGGGGAUGGGCGCAUGUGGUUAGGUAACCAUUUUGUGUGGUUGUUGAAUUUGUUGAUCGUCGGUUGUUUUUAAAGAUCAGAAAUUGUGUAAAUACUUACUUAUUCUGUUCAUGUGGGUUUUAUAGUUUUGGUUUAAUCUAUUUUAAGAACUUCCAAAUGCCAGGUAUGGUAUUUGCGUUUUCAAACCUUUUUACCGUAGGCUACAAGAUUGAUCGACGUUUCGAUUUCUUAAUGCUUAAAUUAAUGCGAUAUUUAGAUUAUGUUUAGUUUUAGUUGGGUAAAAGCAGUGUAAACGUUACUUUUAUCAAAUGUAAUCCGAGGCCAGUGAGGAAAACUGCUGUGUCAUUCAGUGACUGGUUCUUCUGACCCUGUCUAGGUGUGGUCGUUUUAUUAUUCGUCUAGUAAAUAAGCUGAAGCUCUUCGUUUCACAUGCAGUCAGAAUCGUUAGCGUGGCCUUUAUCGUCUUUAACGUUACUGCUUUGGUGUUGGUGAACCAUGGAGGCCUUGUUGGGCUGUGUCCUCUAAAAUGGAGGCCUUUUACUCCAGCAGAUGAACGCUACUUAUAUAAGUUAUAUACGCUAAAAAUGUAGCCUUUUCUAUGUUUGAGGUGAUGUUUUACCUUGUCAAUUGUAACUAAUUUUAUUACAAUAGUCUAUGUCAUUGUACUUAAAGAUGGCGGCUGUGGACCUCUUCUGAAAGACAGAAGUGCGUGCGGAUAUUCCGGUAAGCCGACUGAGAGCUCGUGUUGACUUGGGAGAGGCUCUUGAGCGGUACGCGUGAUCCGCUCGAAGAACCAAUGGGCGUCUUGGUAUUUAGCCUGGAAGCCCGCGUUACAACGUUAUUGACCAAUCCCCGUAGUCCCUUUGCACACGUUGACGUAAUGUAAUAUGAUAAGAGAGGUGGCGGUUUCAGUGUCCUCUCGUUUUGUAAAGGAUUAAAUGGAGGAGCCAGUUACAAACAGCAUCUAUGUGUACUGAAUAUGUUGGGCCAAUAGUAUUGUGCAAUUUCCUUGACGGACAGCAAAAACGUCCGAAUAGGUUGGCCCGAAAGAUUGUCAGUUAAGUCUCAGUAUCUAGGGGUGUGGGGAGUUUGACGGACAUUGUACGUAACGAAUAGGAACUCAGAGGGCGUGGGCAGUCUGAGGUGGUUUAUCCAAUAGGGCGAAUGGUAGGUCUAUAAAACAACGUGUGUAGUCGCAUCGUCGCCAUUUCAGCGAAGCAGAUUUGAGGAGUUAACCGUGGCGGGGAGCGGAGAGAACUGACGAACAGAGACGGAUCCAGGUCCCAGUCUAUCUUAAACUGAAUCCGGAUCCAUCCUGAUGGAUAUGGCAGUUAACCCGCUCCUUGACAGCUCCCAUGUUGGGCUUGACGUUGGCAUAAUGGGAGUCACAACCAUGGACCAGGGUUCUGGCACAGCCGGAAAACGCAUCAGAAAACCUUCACUGCUCUAUGAGGGCUUUGAGAGUCCUGGGAUGCCCCUACUCAGUCAUAUGACCCCUUCGGGACCCCCACAACCCCCAGUGAGGGACCCCAGCCGACAGGGGAGGAUGACCAACCAACUUCAGUUCCUACAGAAAGUCUUGCUCAAGUCUUUGUGGAGGCACCACUUUGCCUGGCCCUUUCACGAACCUGUGGAUGCGGCCAAGCUCAACCUACCUGACUAUCAUAAGAUCAUCAAAAUUCCUAUGGAUAUGGGCACCAUUAAGAAGAGACUAGAAAAUAACUACUACCGCUGUGCCAGUGAGUGCAUGCAGGACUUCAACACCAUGUUUACCAAUUGCUACAUUUAUAACAAGCCUACAGAUGACAUAGUCCUGAUGGCUCAGUCUCUGGAGAAGGCUUUCCUGCAGAAAGUGGCUCAGAUGCCCCAGGAGGAACUAGAGCUGUCUGCUCCUCCUCCACGGAGCAAACCAACCAAACCUGGCAAAAAAGGCAGAGGAAACGCAAUCUCUGGAGGAGUGACUACAGCUCAUCAGGUCCCAGCUGUUUCCCAGUCAGCGUACUCCCCUCCCACCCCAGAAACGCCUGACUCCAUCCUCUCAACCCCCCCACAGACACAUAUGACCAAGAGUCUGCCCCUUAUUCUUACAACUGAACAAAGCAUCCCUACAAUCGCUGGUCUGCCUCCAACACAGCCCACGGCUAAGAAAAAGGGUGUGAAGAGGAAAGCAGACACAACCACCCCAACCACUGUAGCCAUGCCCAUCAUGAGCACCAUGGGCGUCAGCGGCAUCAACAUGGGGCUAGGCGGUGGACACAACUCCCCGCUAACCCUCACUUCUUUGGGGAUGGACCACAACUCCAGCGUGGGGAUGAACCAAGGCCAUAGCCUCGGCCAGGGCAUGAGCUUGGCUAUGGGCAUGGGUAUGGGUAUGGGCUGUGGAACAAUGAUGAUGGGUACCAAAGGGGGGGGUGGCAGGAGAGGAGUGAGUGGACGAGCCAUCAAGCCUCCCAAGAAGGAUUUACCAGAUUCCAUGGUGCCAGCACCGGUGCGUCGCAGCAAGCUGAACCCCCAAUUGCGCUACUGCAAUGGGGUCCUGAAGGAUCUGCUGUCAAAGAAGCAUGCAGGGUAUGCCUGGCCGUUCUACAAGCCUGUGGAUGCCUCGUUGCUCGGUCUUCAUGACUACCAUGACAUCAUAAAGCAGCCCAUGGACCUCAGCACCAUCAAGCGGAAGAUGGACGGCAGAGAAUACCGUGACGCCCAUCAGUUCUCUGCUGAUGUCAGGCUGAUGUUCUCAAACUGCUACAAGUACAACCCCCCUGAUCAUGAUGUGGUAGGCAUGGCCAGGAAACUGCAGGAUGUCUUUGAGUUCUGCUUUGCUAAGAUGCCAGACGAGCCUCCAAGACCACCUAGCUCUUCGUCUUCCUCCUCCUCCUCAUCAUCGUCAUCAGAGAGUGAGGUCAGCAGUGAAAGUGAGGAGAGCGAGAGCAGCCCCAGCUCUGACUCUGAGGAGGAGAGGGCCAACCGACUGGCAGAGCUGCAGGAACAGCUCAAAGCGGUACAUGAGCAGCUCACAGCGCUCUCACAGGGCCCGAUCGUCAAACCUAAGAAAAAGAAAGAAAAGAAGGACAAGAAAAAAAAGAAAAAGGUAGAAAAAGAGAAGCAUCGGAAGGUAGAAGAAGAGGUGACACCUGUUAGACCGCCCAAGACUCCCAAGAUCACCAAGACUCCAAAACCCAAGAGCAACCGAGGAACGCCCGCUCCUGUGGUGCCGGUCAAGAAGGCACCGAGCAAGAAAAACAACAAGAGCAAAACCAAAAAGGGUGGCAUGACGUUUAGCAUGCCGCCGCCGGUCCCCGAGCCCAUAGUGAGUCAUUAUGACUCUGAUGAAGAGGAGGAGACGGCGCCAAUGUCAUACGAUGAGAAGCGUCAACUCAGCCUGGACAUCAACAAGCUGCCCGGCGAGAAGCUGGGCCGCGUUGUUUAUAUUAUCCAAUCACGCGAGCCCUCGCUCAGAGACACCAACCCAGAGGAAAUCGAGAUAGACUUUGAGACCCUGAAGCCGUCAACACUGCGGGAGCUGGAGAGAUACGUCAUGACGUGUCUGAGGAAGAAACCUCGAAAGCCAUAUGCAAGUAAGAACAACAUUGCUGGCAAAUCUCGGGAAGAGAUCACUCUGGAGAAGCAAAUGGAGCUGGAGAGGAGGCUGAUGGACGUCAGCGGUCAGCUCAACUCGGGAAAGAAGCCCGCUAAGACCAAACCAGAGAAACCUGCCACCGAGCAGCACAACCAGCCGUCACGUCUCAGCGCCAGUAGCUCGUCCUCGGACUCCUCUUCCUCCUCCUCUUCCUCCUCAUCCUCAGACACGAGCGAAUCAGACUCUGGCUGAGAGGCCUGGGGUGUCCGUAUCAAAGGGUCACGUUAGGGACCUUAGGGUGUUUCGCUUCCCACCGAGUGGACUGAACUGCAGCAGAGCUACUGACGAUGAAGCUGCAGACCGGAGCAGAGAGACCAGCACUAGGCAGAACUGGUCCAACUCAACAAGUGUCAAACCAAGAAAGAGAGGGAUGGAGCUUUCCCCGCGCUCAGCUCAUUCAUCUAAUGCUGUCCUGGAAACAGACGUCGAGUAUGGAUGGAAAAAUGAUGAAUUAGAUUCUUUGUAAAGUUCUGCUGUUCUCUGGAGAACUGGCCUUGUUGGGCAGAGCGAGGGACGCUCAAUCUCCUGCAAAAAAAAAAAGGAGAUAAGCGACGCAUGCGUUGGAGGGAUAAGGGUGCUAAAGCCAGAAACUGUCGUAUUUCUGGAGAUUAUUUCCCUUCUUCUUGUGCUCCCUGUCUUUAGGCUGUAUAAGGUUUACAGUUAUAUAAAUAUCUAUUUUUCUUUUAUAAAGAAGCAUUUUAUGGAGCUAAUUUAUUCCCUCAUGCUGGGAAAGAGGAACAGGGGCGGGUGGAGUGGUUUUAGUUUUUGUUUAGUUUUUUUUUUUUUUUUUCUUGAGUCACAAAGAGAGUGUGUGUGUGAGUGUGUGUGUGUGUGUGUGUGUGUGUGUGUGUGUGUGUGUGUGUGUGUGUGUGUGUGUGUGUGUGAGAGAGACGUGUGAGACGUGUGUGUGUGUGUGUGAGACGUGUGUUUGCAUGUGUGAGAUUCUCAGUUUGACGCAGGCGUUGAAAUCAGUCUUUACGCAGAAGCACCUUGGUUCAGUAGAAUACAGAACGCAUGCAUUACAGAGGAGCUGACAACAUCUGCAUACUCGUGUACUACUUUACUGCAUCGUGUACUCUUGUACUUGUCUGAAAGGGUUGGCCACUGUACAGAAAUGUGACAUAGUUACACAUCAGUCUAUACCAACAUAUAUCUGGUCCCAUGUGUGCUGUCUUUUUUUUUCUUCUUUUUUUCCAUCCAUCUCAGUUUCUCUGUAACCUUGUUGCUUUUUUUCUUCUUGUGACCAAUCUGCUAAUAAAUUGUGAGGACGUGUCUUGUCGACUCACCCGUGCCCAAAUCA